AUGUAUACUCGACAGAAAACAAAUGUCUUCACCUCUUACUUCUGGUAUCAACAUAGACUGAGCCAUCAUAGUCGCCUAGGCCCUGCUACAGUGCACAGUGCACGUAGCCGCGAACACUCAUACUCACACAUUCGCGUCGUACCGCAUACGGAUACUUGCAGCACACUCCACGAGGAGCUUCCAGUAUUUCAAUCACCGUCACUACAGUUCUCCCCACCACACGAACUGCAGAACCUUCCCGUCAAAGAAGUCUACACGGAGUCCCAGGAAGCGCGCCUACCAACGUUUGCUGACAUGGCACGACGCUAUAAUCACAAGGACCAUCACAACGGACUUCCACAGCUAAAUACCAACACUGGCUUGCCUAUGGGGUUCGUCAAGCUACAGCCAACCCACAAAAAAUCCAGUGGGACGUGGCGCUCGAUGCAGGCGAGCGAUACAGACGAGAAUGAACACGAUCACGUAUUCGGAAGACUGCCUGACCCGAUCCAUCUACACGAAAAGACAGGUACCUUCGACGGGCAAGUCCUCUUCGUCGGUCACCCGAACAGAGAUGUCUCGGCUCAUCAGUGGUCGUCCGCAUCGUUUCAAUGGGUCAACAUUGGACGGUACGCCCACUCGUGCAGCAGGAUUGAGGGGUCUCUUGCCUCCGAUUGUGUUCAGGGAUAUGCAAUGACUUAUGAUUCAUUGCAAUCUUUCAAGCUGGCAGCCCACAACCGUGAAAAGCACAUUGUAGAAAACGGCCGACCACAAGAGACAUCCAGCGAAGAACUUCACUCGACAAACAUGGAGACCGUGCGAGCAGUCCCGUCAUCUAAUGCUCCAAGUUCGAUCGCACCAUCUGAGUUUGUAGCAGACGACUACAAACAAUCAGCAUCAUCAUCGCUACACGGUGCAGUCCGUAAAGAUCACUUGGACGACCCGUUCGUUGCUUACACGAAGCCAUACACUCCGAACACCCAACCAACAGCGCGCUCUCUGUAUCAUCUUCCAGGCCCUACGGUGGCGAACCCGCAUCAGAUGAAACCAGUCCUGAGUCCCUCCAUCCAUCCAUAUAUGAAACCACCUCGGAUGACCCAUACCACGGAAGCAAGCGGCUCGAACGCAACGGUUAUGAGCGCCACUGCUGUUCCACUGAGCUUUAGCGAUCCCGAUGGCACCAGGACCACACAAGAGUAUGUGCCCGUAAACGGACUUGGUCGACAGGCACCCACUGUGCAGAACUUCAGGGGACCUUUCUUCACGGACACGAUACCAACUACAAGUGAUCCUACCGCUUUGCUAUCAGUCCACAUCAGCGAGGAAGAGAAGCUGUUGAGUUGGUUCCAUGACGGACACCGACCUGCUCGACAACAAGAGUAUGCCAGGACUUUAGUUUCAGCAGCAGUAUCCAGUGACAGGUAUCGAUCCUCUAUGAUAGCCCAAGGAAGCAUCACAAAACAGGCCGAGGAAAGAUAUGCGAACACUUUCGCCUUUGUUCGCGUCUACGAGACGCUCUCAGAGUAUGCUGAAGAGCUUCGCAGCGACAGUGGACGAUCAUAUUUCACGCGAAAUUGUAAACUAUAG